AUGACCACCUCUGCUUCAAUCUCCCUUUCAGUCUCUACCUCUAUGAAUGCCUCAGCUUUUACUUCCACACCUGCUUCUGUCCGGCCACAUUUCAUCUCUCUGCCACAGCCUCAGACUUUGGCAGAUCGAAUUUCUCUGAGAUAUGCCAUGCCUUGGCAGGCCAUGAUCAUCAGUUGUGGCAGUCAAAUUUGUAGUGGUUCCAUUGUUAGCAGCUCUUGGGUACUCACUGCGGCCCACUGUGUCAGGAAUAUGAAUCCUGAAGACACAGCUGUAAUAUUGGGCCUGAGGCACCCUGGGGCACCUCUGAGAGUUGUUAAGAUCUCUACCAUUCUUCUGCAUGAAAGAUUUCGAUUGGUGAGUAGGGCAGCAAGAAACGAUCUAGCAUUGCUGCUCCUUGAAGAGGUCCAGACUCCCAUUCAGAUUUUAGCACCGCUAGGUCAUCUGAAGAACCUGAACAGCUCAGAAUGCUGGCUGUCUGGGCCACGAAUUCUUAAGCCAGGAGAGACAGAUGAAAAUCCAGAAAUAUUACAGAUGCAGGUGAUAGGAGCUUCAAGCUGUGCCCACCUUUACCCUGAUAUAGGCAGUUCUAUUGUGUGCUUCAUUACACAAGACAAAGACGCUGACACAAAUGUGGAACCAGUGAGUCCAGGCAGUGCUGUCAUGUGCAGACCAAUGUCUAGGAAUGGAAGCUGGAGACAGAUAGGCCUCACUAGUCUGAAGGCACUGGCUACCAUUGUGAGCCCCCACUUCUCAUGGAUAUUAUCCACUUCAUCAAAGGCAGGACAUCCAUUAAGCCAUGCACUCAUGCCUUGGAUGGAAAAGCCUAAGUCCUCUAGUCUCGUAAGACAGCCAACCACCCUGCCAUUUUAUUCAACAAUAAUUGUUAUACUACAAAGGCUUUCAUAA